CACAUCGCGCCAGAUGACUCGAACGACAAGGAUGCCAUCCUAGCUUGACAUAUGUCCCUAAACCCUAGAAAACGACGUCAAUUGCUUGAAUGUGUAUGCUAUGGCAUCCACUCUUUUUGCGCUGUCGCUUAGGCAAAGGCUACACGACAACCAGAGGAUACUUCUGGAGUUAGUCCUCGCGCUCGUUGUUGUCCAGCUGCUAGCACCGACUGUUGUUGCAUCGCGCGCGCUUUCAAGGAGGCUUGGGAACGAUUACGGCGUAUCGGGCUCGUCAAAUUCAGCAUCUGACGUUCGACUGGAGCUAUGCGAGUGCGAGCCAGCUGCGGGUUUUCCACACGGGCUAGGCUGCGAAAAGGAAGGAUGGUUUGUAUCUAACUUUGAAUAUCAAGGUUACUGGAUGGGCGGAAACGCCGUGGUACCGUUAAGUCGCGCAAUUUGCUGUCGACCAUGCCUUCCUGGGGAGCUCCCUAAGCCAGUCCACCUCGGGAACAGCACGGCAAAGCCCUUGGCAGUCGUCUCCAUAGGCUGUCAUGCGUCUACUGGCAAGCAGUUCAGGGCUCUAAACUGCGAGGAAACGGGCAACAGCUUUGUGACAGGCUUCUCCCAGGCGGAACGUGCGAGUUCCGUGUAUCCGCGUGACGAGUACUUUCCGGUGGGGCAGGCGGAGUGCUGCACCCCGGCAGUGCUGCUCUCUUCCGGCGAGGUCUGGCAGCUCAAGCGCUGCGACUGCACCACCAGCUCCACAAAGGACUGCGGCGGCACCAGCACCAACCGCCUGCUGUGGGGCUUCGCGCAGUGGAGGAUCACCAGCGGCGGCGAGUACAUCCCCGUGGCCCCCCUGGAGUGCUGCGGCCUGUGCGUGGGCGCCAAGAUCCCCGACAAGCGCAACUGCGAGGACCUCAACUUCUGCUCCAACAACGGCAUCUGCACGCUGGGCGCCUGCGACUGCUUCGAGGGCUACGGCGGCGCGGACUGUUCGGAGUACGCGGGCGGCGGCGGGGAGGGCGACGGACUGCCCUGGUGGGGCGCGCUGCUGGUGAUGACGGGCAGCGUCAUGUUCGUGAGCGCCUCCUCGAUCGCGUUGAGGUACGCGGUGCAGGUGCUGCGGGCGCAUGCGGCGGGAGAGAGGAGAGGAGGAGGAGGCGGAGCGGGAGCAGGCGGCGCCAGCUCCGCCGACCGCUCCGGUCCGCUGCGGCCGCUGCUGCUGGCCGAUCUAGACGAGGAGGGCAGCGCGGGCAGUCACGACACGGACGAACAAGACCUCUCGGGCUUUGCCGACACAGACAGCUGCGGAGCAGGGGGCGGCGGAGGCGGGGGCGGGAGUGCAGCACUGCGCCCCUUUGGGCGGAGCCAUCCGCCGCACUCCUUGCACCCCUCGGGGCAGUCGGGCAGCGGGGCGGGAGGGAACGGCAGGGGCGGGCGCGGCGGCGGGGGCGGAGGAGGAAGGGGCAGUGGGUUAGCGGCUGUGUCGCCGGUGACGUCAUCGCUUUCGAAUUCCGAGGCGAUUAUAUUCCAGAUGGAUGACGUAUCGCAGCAGACGCCGUCGACGGUUGUACGGAAUCCGGAACCUAUUUCGGAGCAGCCUGAAGCCGAGCACGCGGCUCAGCUUGCGGAGAUGCAGACGGGUGGUCCGCGGGCCCCCUCCGCAGCAGCAGCAGCAGCGCCGCACCUCCCCGCACCUCACACCCGCCUGGGCGCCGCCGUUGCUGCCACCACCGCUGUGUCCAUACCACCAGACGCCGAGGCAGCAGCAGCAGCGGCAGCAGCAGCAGCGGCAGCAGCAGCAGCGGCAGCAGCGGCACCGGAGG